CCCAUUGACCCCCACAGGGCCACCCUCAUCCAUAGGGACUCAGGAUGUCCCCACUGACCCCCACAGGGCCACCCUAUCCCCAGGGACCCAGGAUACCCCCAGUGAUCCCCCGUGGGGACACUCCCAGCACAGGGACCUGCACUGCUGCCACAGGGUCUCCCUCAGCACUAGGGGCCAGGAUGUCAUCCCAUCCUCCACAAAGAUGGUUAAACACCCUCCUUGAAGGGUGAUAAGGAUGUGGGGAGCUCUGCUGGGAUCCCCCAUCCACUGCUGUGGCUGUUGUCACUCCCUAUCCCAUGGUAAGGAUUUCAUGGCAGAGCCUGGACAGGUGGAGGCAUUAGUGUGGGUUAUUUUUUGAAAGCAGUUUAGUAAAAAAUGUGCUUGAUUUCUGUCAAGUGAUACAUUUAAGGCAGAAUGGAGGAUAAGGAGAUCCUCUAGCAUGAAACUUGGGCUGCUGGAGGUGACACUUUGUGUCCACUUGCUGCUGGAUCUCGGUGUUAUUAGAGCUUUGUGAUGGAACAGGUGGAUGAUAAACAUGCUGGGAUGCAGACAACAAAACCUUGAACAUCCUGCCUGAGGACUGCUCUCACUCAGCAUUCAGAAAAUGCUCUUUCUUGCAGUGGGGAGGAGGCAGGAGAGCACAGUGAGACACAGGACAGAGCUCCCCCUUCCCUGCAGCCUCGUGGAGCCACCAGUAGCUUCUCUGCGUCCUCCCUUGGAGCUCAUGUGCAGGCCGUGUCCCUCCAGCAGGUGCCUGAGGUGCUGAUGUGACACCCUGUGGUGGGGACCCUGCCCGUUGGAGGGCUAUGGGGAAACUGCAGAGUAAACUCAGCUCCCACACCACCACAUACAGGGCCGAGGGCUCCGUGGGACAGGCGGGAUCCAUCGGCGCCUCUCAGCAGCACAGCCCCGCUCACACCGACGCCGUCUCCUCUGUAGCUGCCCUCAAACCAGACCUGUGUGUGUCAGGGGGCAGGGACAAGAGCGUGGCUGUGUGCAGCUGGAGAUCCGGGGCUGCCCUGCGCCGCUUCGUCGGGCACGAGCGCGAGGUCACCAAGGUCACCUCUGCCCUGGACUCCAGCAGAGUCUUCAGCGCGUCCCGGGACAAGACAGUGAUGAUGUGGGAGCUUCACGGGGCGUCAGGGCCCAGCCAGCACUUCCCAGGACAUGAGCUGGUUGUGACUGGGCUGGCUGUGAGCCCAGAUGCCUCCCGGCUGUGCACGGGCUCACGAGACAACACCGUGUGCAAGUGGGACACAGAGACUGGGGAGUGUCUGGGCAGGGCCACCAUCUCCAGGAACCUGGUGACACACCUGUGCUGGGUUCCUGGGGAGCCUUAUGUCAUCCAGACCUCGGAGGAUAAAACAACCAGGAUCUGGGACAGCCGGGAGCUGCAGGUGGCACACACGUUCCCAGCCAAGCAGCACAUCCAGACGUGCUGUGACGUGAGCCAGGACGGGCGGUACUGCCUGAGCAGCAGCCAGGGCGGAGAGGCCACCCUGUGGGACCUGCGGCAGACCCGGGGCCGGGUGUGUGAGUACAGGGGGCAUUUCCAGACCACCACCUCGUGUGUUUUCAUCCCGCGGGGCCCAGCCCUCGCCCCCAGCGUGGCCACAUCCUCCAGCGACAGCACAGUGAAGGUCUGGCACCGGGACACGGCAGGUAGGGGGGGGCUCCUGCUGGGAGAACAAAACUUGUGUUAGUGCUUCCUUGUGUCUGUCUCCUGGUGGUGAUGGGCGGGAGGAAGCCUGAAAUCUCUGGAAUUUACUCCGUUCCAGCUGCAGGGCAGGGUGGAGACAUCCCCCAGAGCAAACCCAGGGGCUUCUGCUUGCCCUGCAGAGGAGGAGGUGGGUUGGGUGCAUGUCAGAGGUGACAGGUGUCCUUCCUAAACGAAGAGCAAGAAUUAUUGAGAUGGCUUUUAAAGAUACAUCCAAGCUCAGCAGUGAACAAAUGAU